UAGGACAACAGCUCCUGAAAUAAUUCACAACGUAAGCGAAUUUCCCCAAUGUCGACGAGACACCAGAAUGACCAAACCCCCAAAAGAAAGCUCGAAACCAAAAUGGAGGAAGAAGAAGCAUCUGGCAAUGAUUCUCGGCAGACGACAGUGUGAAGGUGAAGUUCAGAGAGAGAAGACUUGUCACUCUUGGCUCUCCGCAUCUCGUUAUCUCCAGAAUCAUGUCUGCCGGGAAAAUUAUCGUCUACGGAGGUCGUGGAGCGCUCGGUUCCGCGGUCGUCAAGCACUUUAAAGCUAACGACUGGUGGGUGGGCACCAUUGACCUGGCUGCCAAUGAUGAGGCUGAUGCCAAUGUCAUUGUCUCAAAGGAUGCAAACUGGUCCACUCAAGCUGAAGCAGUCAUGUCUGGUCUGGAAGGAGCCCUAGGGACAGAUAAGGUGGAUGCCAUUAUUAAUGUGGCUGGUGGCUGGGCAGGGGGCAAUGCUGCAAGCAAAGACUUCCUGAAAAGCUGUGAAAUGAUGUGGUCUCAGAGUGUUUGGUCGUCUACCAUCACUGCUCAGGCUGCUUCCCGUUUCCUUAAGGAAGGAGGAUUUGUUGCGCUUCCAGGAGCCAAGCCUGCACUGGAAGGCACUGCAGGAAUGAUUGGGUAUGGUCUUGCCAAGGCAGCUGUGCAUCAGCUGACAAAGAGUCUUGGAGAUGAAAAGUCUGGCUUACCAACGGGUGCAACAGCUGUUGCAAUCCUUCCCAUCACUCUGGAUACCCCCAUGAAUAGGAAAUGGAUGUCAGGAGCAGAUUUCUCCACUUGGACGUCUCUAGAAUUUGUUGCAGAGCUCUUCAUGAAGUGGACAAAGGGACAGGAUAGACCUAAGUCUGGCAGCCUUGUACAGCUCAUUACCAAGGAUAACAAGACCGAAUUGGUAAUGGUGUAGAACUGAAGUUGACUGUGCUUCCUUUUUUAUUUUAAUUUCUUUAAUUGUUAGUCAACUUUUCUUGAUUUGGUUUGGUUAUGAACAUGGAAUCUUUUGUGGAUAUUGUGGCUGUCUUAUUUUGAUACUUGGAUAAUACUCACUGUUGUACUUGCUAUAUUUUUAACCAUCAUUUUCAGAAGUGAAUUAAGAUUUUAUCAACGUUGAAUACAAAUGCUAUAUCACAAUCCAGUGAGUAAAAUAUGCAUAUGUAGACAUAGUCGGUCCAUACAUUUCAUUCUCCUUUAUUAUCCAUCAAUUAUGAAAUUAUAUAUAAUUGAUAUUUCUUUAGAUUAUGGAUUUUUUAUGAAAUAUUUUAGAUUUGUUUCAUGCAUUGAUUGAAAUUGGGAAUUUCCUCAUGUUGAUUUCCUCACAAAAAAAUAUUACAUGAGUUGGAGAGCAUUGUUUAAAAGAAUUGCUGGAAAAGAUAAGGCAGAAAUAUCAAGGACCAUGUGAGAUGUAUGGAAUUAUUGAUCACAGUAACAUUGUGCUGUCCCUGAAAGUGCCUAGUUUUAAUGAAAGAGUAUUAACAAUUGUAGAGUAUAUUUUUAUACUUAUUUUGUUGAUGUUUAUGCUUCCCAUCAAGAGACAAAAUCAUUACAGAAGAGAGAGGAGUGGUACUAACACUUUAUUGUGCUUCCUAGAUAACCAGUGAAUGAAUAUAUAUGAAAAAUAACCAUCAAUGUGCUUCUCAAUGUUUAGUCAUCCUAUUGCUUUCCAGAUAACUUAGGAGACUAAAAGGUACAUAAAGAAAAUUUUGGCUGGAAAUUGCACAAAACCUGUAAGGAUCUUUUAUCUAUUUAGGUUACACAUCUGAGUGAGGCUGAGUGAGUUAUGAAACUGCACUGGUAUUUCCUAGUUCAGUUCUCGAUUCCUGGCUAUCAAAGUGUCCUCAGAGACAAAGAACUUCAAUGUAUGCAGACUGAAAUUGUCAUCAAUGUGCUUGGGAGAAUAUACAUGUACAGGAUGAGAACUUAAGUGUGUUAGUUUAGUAGUAUUCUAACCACACUUACCUAGUUCUAUCUGUUACAUUGCGUAUAGACUUGAUCUUUGUGAUAUAUGUCUGAUGUAGAGAUUAAUACAAAUAACCUUUUAAAAAAAAUCCAUCUGUAUUCCAAAAUCAAGAAUAUUUAUGCAUUAUAAUUGUGAUGCUAUCUGCUGAAGUGAGGUAGACAAAAUAUAAAAGAGAUAAAAGAAAAACAGAGAUUGAGGUUUGAAAAUUGCUCAUCAAAACCCUAAUAGAAGUGUAGAAACAUGGAAACAAAAUGAGAUAAUAAGUUGAGUUUAAUUGGAGGGUCCCCCUUCCCAGUUUCUUUGUCUCCCCACCACCUGUGAAGAUGUUUCUACCAUUUUUCUUAGGCAAUUGUAUGAAAAGUUUUCAUUAAUGAUAACACCUCUUAAUCAGAAAUCUUACCUGAGAAUGUCUGUGGCCAAUAUAAGGUAAGUGAUAUCUCAAAUGUCAAUUACUUCACUUCAACAGUGAGUGUCACAGUUGUCAAGACAAUGAAAAAAAUUAGUGUAUAUGUUUUGUGCUUCCUGUUAUACACUCUUAUUUUUUAUUGUUUAACCUGUUUAAAUACCAUUUCAUAAAUCAUUUUAAAAGGAAAAGAUGUUGGAAUAUAAACUAAAUUGUUCUUCCAUUUUUAAAUUUGAACUGAUUUAUUCCUAAGACAUUCCAGCUAUGGCAAUACUUGUGCUUCCUCUGUUUGAAGUCUGCAUUAAACUGAAGAAAUUAA